AUGCCCUGUUUCCUUGCCUUCUUUUUGGAAGCAUCAUUGCAAGCAAACUAUCUCAAAGCUCUGAACCUCAUUAUCGAUGGUCACAAUCAUGAAGCACUGACUACCAUGGAAGAUCUUCUAACGCACCCAAUUCUUCAAAAAUUUAAGGUCGACGUUAAUUCAUUUAAUUGGAAUGAAGCAAAGGAGAAAGCCCGCGAAAAUCCCCGAGUAUCGGCAAUGGCUCGCCUCUUCUCAUCGCUUCAUUUCAACAUUGCAAGGCUCGUGGGCGAUCCAAUCGAACAUCUAUUAAAUGUAGAUGAAUAUGUGUGA